GAUUACUAUCAUGAAGUGUGAGCCCCAUUCCGCAGCCGUUUUGGCUCAAGGCAAUUGGCUCUGUCAGGAGAGAGCAGCAGGCCUAUACCCCGAAUUUCGAUGGCGUCCGUCCGUGACGUCGAUAUUGACCCUGGGGAGGCAUCCCUUGCACUCAUUGAUGCCGAGAAGGGGGAGAUAUCCACUGAGGUUGACACGCAGGAAGGUGCCCUAUCCGACAUCGAUCCACAAGAGGAAGAUCACGAGGAGAAGGGCGCCGUCAGCCUCAUCGACAGCGGCAGGGCACGCUUUUUGAUGGGUGUCUUCGCCUUGAUCAUCUCGUCUCUGUCCAACUCGAGCCAGUCGGUGGCAGUGAAGAUGGCCGGACGUGCCGGCUGCCAGGCCUUAGUUACUGCAACAGUGCGGUUCACGAUCCAGACCGUAGUUUCAAGUUGGAGCUUGGGGAGCGUCUUGACUCCAGCGAACGACAUUUGGAGCAUUGGCAGCAGCAGAAGAUUCUGGAUCAUCGUACGAUGCGUGGCGGGCAGCUUGAAUUUCGGCAUCUUCUCUGUUGUCGUGACGUCGAUGGCCGUAGGAGAGGCAACUAUGAUCAAGUAUGCGUCACCAGUCAUCACUUGCGUGCUAGCUCGUUUCAUGCUGGACGAGGCUUGGGGGUGGUCAGAGAGCGCCGCCCUGCUCGCGUGCACGGGCGGGGUAAGUCUCGUCGCUUGCGCGCACGAGGGCGGAGGCGGUACGCAUCACCCGGGGCACCUCGGCCAAACCUCGGCUAUAGUGUUUGGGCUCUUGGGGUCUGGCUGCAACGCAGUGAGGAACAUCUCCCUGAAGCGGCUGGGCAAGGCCACGGAAGCCUCGGACGUGAAUCUUCCAACGACGACUGCGCACCAGGCUGACCUGAUGACAUGGCUGACUGGCGUCAUCGGCUUUCUCAUGUGCGGCGCCGCGGCGCUGGUGAUCGAAGGCCCUCGGGCGUUCACCUCGCUUUGCUCACCAGUCUGCCUGCUCUGGGUGAUGGCAGUUGGUGCUGCUGGGUACUGCACGCAGUGGUCUAUGAAUUGGGGCGCGCAGGGUGGGACCGCAACCCUGAAUAGUUUGAUCAGCUACCUGGAUGUGGUCUUCUCCUUGACGUGGCAGGUUGUCCUCUUCGGGGAGCCGUUGAUGCUCAAAGUCGCCCUCGGUGCCUCAUUGGCGUUCGUGUCAGUGGUGCUGGUGACAGCACAAAAGGUGUGCCAAAAUUGACGGGCGUGUGUUCUUCCGAUGUGCGUGCUUCACAUUUAGUAGUUAGGCUAGGGGGUUUAGGCUCUCUGCGAGGGCGCAGAACGUGUUUCGACUUGACCGCCCAGGAUGCCUGUGGUUCCGGUUCCGUUUUGUCACAGGUUUUAGUCUAGGUCGUUGGUUGGCAGAUCGUUCUGUAUGCUUAAAUACUUUUUUUUGUUGGCCGGUAAUCCGCACCACCUCGCGCUCCUCUGUCUUCCCUUACGCUUCCUCAUGUGUCUUCCUCCCCCUCCCUCUUUUCGCCCUUCACCACUGCUCUGCCUCCCUGUCGAGAGCAACGACGCCGGGCCAGCACUGGUCAGCGCUUCAUUUUAAGGCGGAAGACCGUCGGUGGUUCCUUGCAUCCUCUUCAUGCUUUUCUCUUUGUCAUCUCACCUUCUCCACUUCUCGCCCCCCUCGUCGUCCUCUCUUGGCACCCCCCACGCAUUGUGCCGACAACUCUUUGUGCUGGGGCUUCCGUCCUGUACUAGGCCGAACCUGCGCGUUGCAGGCACCUCCCCCGCCCUCCUUGUCCUCCCUUUUCCCUCCCCCUCCCCCCCCUCCGAAGUAUUUUUUCGUGUAUUACAUUUUUAUCUCGCUUCUGCAGCAGCCCCGCGAAUAUCGCAAGCCUGGAGCGUUGACAGACAGUGUGUACCCACACCAUUCUCGACCGAGCUUAGGUUCGGCUCAAGGCGUCGCGCGAGGGGCGCGUCGCCUGAGUCGCCAGAGGCGCCGGCAAAGUGGUGGAACUUAGCUCAACGGCUUUAAUUUGUGUAACUGUCGCAGCUUCUCGCAGCUUCUGGCCUUAGUGAGCCAGAGGGACCCAGGCUCAGAUACUGGGAGAUCCCCAAGUCUUAGAAAAUGAAGUGCGGGCCCCAUCGGAGGGGGUUCUGGCUUGAGAUUUUCUUUUCGCGCACUCACAGACGAUGCUCCCGCUUCAGACUUCUCUUUGACUUGGGCAUCGGGAGCCCGAACGUGGCUACAAUUAAAUGACGACAGAUACAAGCAUGCCGAUGACCACCUCGGAUUACUAUCAUGAAGUGCAGGCUCCAUAGGGAGGGGGCUCCCACUCGUGACUUCCUCUCCGCGCACUCACAGACGAGGCUCCCGC